AACAAAAAAACAUUCGAGUCUUAUCUCAAAUUCAUCAAAACCUUAAUUAGCAGCGUUUUGGACAAACAUGAUGAAGAAGAUUUUUGUUCAGAUCACUGUGGCUUGUCUUCUGUUGGCCAUGAUUGCGAUGGUCUUGGCAGAUGACAAUGAUCACAAUGAUCGUGAUGACCACCACGACGAUGAUGGGCACAACCACUCACCUGGUUCUUCCUCCAACUCCAAUAAUAGACCAAACUCCGCCGUCUUUGUUGCUGCCGAUAUGUUUACCGGCUUGGUUGCAGCCACCGUGGCCAUGGUCGUUGGUUUAUUCUACUGAGUUCGUAACUCUUUACCUCGGUUUCUAAUGCUUGUGUGUUGUGAAUCCUUCUUCUUUUGUUGUCACGCUUGUCCCCCUUCUCUAAAUACGUUUCAAUCUUUCUUUUAUGUGUUGAAAGUGUUUUAAUAAAACAAUGUCUGGUUACAUUUAAGAGAAGAAAAGCUAAUUUUGUUAUAUAGUACAUAUAUUGACCGAUGUUAUGAUUAAAACUUC